AUGGAACCAAGCAAAGACUCGCAAGAAAGUUCGAAAUACGUUGUAGGAUCAACUCCGCUGCCUAAGUCAAGAGAGGAUAAUUUAAAAAGCUCAGUGAAUCAGGAUAUUGGACUUGAAAUGAAAAGGAUUAUUUAUACUCGAAAAGUGGAACAAGCAGAUAUGUCACCAAGUUGUGAGGAACAGAUAAAUGCCUCAUUAAGAACGGAGUGUUUCUCUCUUCCAGCGACCCCUAUUUUCAGAGCCUUGGCUGAAGAAAUUCCCAGCCCUAAAUUUUCAGAAAGUGAAAUGUCCUUCUUAAGGAAAACACUAGGAGUGGAGUCUCCAUCUAUCAAUGCAACCGUGCAUGAGAGCCCUCCAUUAUGA